CUAACUCGUGGCUUACGUUUUCCCUUCACAAACCUUCUGCUAGUCCGUGUUUUUGAGAAAUUAGAGUUGAUUCAUCCAGUGAAACCGUCGUAGUAUCAUAUCUCAAAGGCGUUACGUUUUAAAUCUUACCUUUCAAUGUAAAAGUUUUUCGUUCAUUUCCCAAAAUGGCUGGAGUUUUUGACAUCGAUAUUAACGAUUUGGAUGGAAACAACGUGGAUCUAGACGGAGAGUCUGAUGACGACGUGAUUGAAGUUGAACAAGACCAGCUUGCCGACAAGGAACCAUUCCUGCUUCCGUCUUCAUAUAUGGACUCUCCUGAUGUUGAAGCUGUUCAACUAUCAGAGACCACUGUUAACCCUGGUGCAGAGAAGACUGGCCCUCAGGACUUUGAACUGAGGCGCGUACUUGGCAGAGGUGGAUACGGCAAAGUCUUCCAAGUGAGAAAGCUGACAGGAAAAGAUGCUGGCCACAUUUUUGCCAUGAAAGUGCUGAAGAAAGCCACGAUUGUGCGAAAUCAGAAAGACACAGCUCACACCAAAGCAGAGAGGAACAUUUUGGAGGCAGUCAAGCAUCCAUUCAUUGUCGACCUUAUUUACGCUUUCCAAACUGGAGGGAAGCUUUACCUAAUAUUGGAGUACCUAAGUGGUGGAGAACUGUUCAUGCAUCUUGAAAGAGAGGGAAUAUUUAUGGAGGAUACAGCAAGCUUCUACCUUGCAGAAAUCAUUCUGGCUUUGGAGCAUCUCCAUUGCCAAGGCAUCAUUUAUCGGGAUUUGAAACCCGAGAAUAUCUUGCUGGAUGCACACGGCCACGUCAAAUUGACCGAUUUUGGUUUAUGCAAAGAAUCUGUUGAAGACGGGGGCGUGACGCACACAUUCUGUGGAACAAUCGAAUACAUGGCCCCGGAGAUUCUGACGAGGAGUGGCCAUGGCAAAGCUGUUGAUUGGUGGUCUCUUGGCGCCCUUAUGUAUGAUAUGUUGACCGGAGCGCCACCAUUUACGGCUGAAAACCGAAAGAAAACCAUCGAGAAAAUUUUGAAGGGAAAAUUGAACCUUCCUCCUUAUUUAACGCCAGACGCCCGUGAUUUGAUUCGCAGGCUGUUAAAGAGAGGAGUUGUCUCGCGUUUGGGCAGUACAGUCGCGGACGGCGAGCCUGUGCGGAUGCACCCGUUUUUCAAGGCGAUUGACUGGAAUGAAGUGGCUUGUCGCAGACUGGAUCCGCCCUUUAAACCUUGCCUCGCUAGUGCCGAUGACGUCUCCCAAUUUGAUACCCGUUUCACCAAACAGACCCCUAUCGACUCGCCCGACGAUUCUACUCUCAGUGAGAGUGCCAAUAUGGUCUUCCACGGAUUUACUUAUGUCGCACCGUCUGUUCUGGAGGAGAUGCAUCGACCGCAAGUGAUAAAGGCGCGAUCACCUCGUAAAGGAAUGUACACCCAUGGUCAUAGUAUGACGACCCCUUUCGGCGGACAUCGCCAGCCAUUGGUAGAAACGGCCGAACCAUCCAAUGGAGUUGCGUGUUCCAGGACUACUGGAUUCUAUUUGAAUCCUAUGCCGUCGCAGCAGUUGCAACAACAGCAGCUUCAUCAACAGCAUCACCACCAACAAACGCAACAACACAUUGACAUUGACGAAGAAAUGGUUUGGCAUGACGACUCGUCGUCCAUUUCGGCGGCGACUAUUCCCGGGUCCAGUCAGCACUUCUAUCCCAGCAAUUUUCCGCUACCGCCGCAUUUAUGAUGCGACAGUGUUUUUUUUCCCGCCUUCGCGAUAGAUCAAUAGUUUCAGUGGACUAUUAUUACAACUAUUACUAAUUCUAUUACUACGCUAGAUAUAAAUUGGGUUUCAACCUCGGCUCAUUUCCCCCCCCCCCCCUCCCAACGCCCAUGCGAAGCCAAAAUGCAAAAGAAAAAAAAAGAAUUCAACGAGAUGUGAAAUUUGUAUAGUUCAUAAUAGCCAAUAAUCUGUUUUCCUCUUUCUUCUAGGAUUUCUCUUUGGGCAGCCCUUUUGGUGAUCCCUAUAAGAGAAACCCCUUUACCUACGAAUAUUACAAUUUCUCUUUCCCUGCCCCCUUAACCCUAAAUUCCUUUAUCUAGCAACGUGACCCAUUCAAAGCUGCGUUUCCUCUUUUUUUAAACUUUCGGUUUAUCUUGUUUUAGGUUUCCAAGUUUUUUCAUCGAUAUUUCCCCUUUAUUUUGUCAUCUAGGGUUUUUUUUUUCCUAAAUUUUCGGUUGCUCGUAUUCCUACCUACCCAAAUUAACACUUUUUUUCCCUCUUUAUUCAGUGCCUUAAGUAAAGCGAGAUAACUUAAAAUAUUCCUUUUAUAACACAUCUUGCAAACAAAAGUUUUGUUCGUCUCCAAACGUGAGCUUCAGGAUGGAUGAAUUAGGCCCAGAAAGGAUCAGGACUAUGAAAGAUAUCCUUUUUUUUUUUGUUAUAUUAAUCAAUAGAAAAGAAAGUUACAUUUAAAAAAAUAGGAUAAUAAUAAUUCAAUAGGAGCUAAAAGAAAUUGAAGAUCGGAAGGGUGUGGCGUGACGAUAUCUUCGUCGCUGUUUUUCCUCCCCCAAAAUCCGCCACCCUUUUUUUUUUCACUUUAAUUUAUCCAACAAUUUUUCUUUUUCAAGCGUGUCGUGAUUUGUUUGUUAUAUCGCCCCGAAUUACUUUCCUCAUUCUUUAUUUUUCGGAUUUUCGUUUCCCUCCGUUCGUCGACUUUACAACUCCAGAAAGCUCAAAAAUGACUUCCCACCCGAUAAUGGAACUCUUUAAGUGUCGGUUCAGUGUUGGACGUGCAGUUAGUUAUGGGGGAUAGACGAACAUAUCGAAUGCCCCCCAAACGCUUGGAAGCGAUCCGCUAAUUAUUAUUAUUCCUUUUUAGAUCGAGAAAAAACAAAAUCCUUUAAUUUAAAAAGUCAAAUAGUUCAGCGCUUUCAUGUCCCUCCACCAGCAACUAACAUUUCGUGACUUGAUUUGCGAAGAUGUACAGAUUGACACAUCGACUUCUUCUUCAUUUUCCUUACUCACUUGAUAUGUGGACGCGCUAAUUAUCCAUUUUUUUUUUCAUUUGCCUCAUGAAAACCUGUCGUUCAUUGUUUUCCUUUUUUUUAAAUUAAAGCGCUUUCGCGAUAGAGGAAUAAGAAUUAGAGAGUAAGCGUCGGAGGGCACAGUUGGAGAUGACGAAAAAAAUUAGACAGUAAAUCAAUAAAAAACAGUUUCUUUUUUCCUCCUUUUGUGCGUCUGUAUGUGUGCAAAAUUCUUGUCCGUCUUUGCCUCUCCCCGAUAUCAUUUUUUCCCCAUUGUAUACGUGUUAUAAUUUUUUUUUUCCCUCCCCUUUUUUCAAUGACGCAAAUAAACGGUAUGGAGAGCAAUUAGA